AUGGAAGUUGAUUCGCCAGAUCUUAAUGUUGAUGCUGCAUUAGUUCCUGACCUCAAUCUCAAUCCAAAUUCUCCAUUGAUUGAUCCAGUUAUAGAAGAUGAUACAAAUAUAGAAGCAGAUGAAGAAGAUCCAAUACGCACUUGUAAAAGCAAAAAUUUCAUUGGGAAAGUCAUGUUUUUACUUGCUAUAGCUCGUCCGAGCCUUGAUGCACAAGGAAAUGAGCUUUUCUCUGGAAAAAUUGGUGUAUUUCCGUUUGUCACACACGAGCUAGCUGAAAGGACAAGUUUCAAUAAAGCUGCAGGCACUCUAGAGACAAAACCAAUAACUUCAGUAAGAAAAGAUGUUAUAAGGCCAUACUUAAUUGAAAAGGUUUUACCUGCGAUCAAAGCAAAAUGGCCAAGAGAGGACUCAAGUCAUCCAAUAUUUAUUCAGCAAGAUAAUGCAAGAACACACAUUGAUAAGAAUGAUGAUGAAUUUUGUCGAGCUGCUGCACAAGAUGGAUUCGAUAUUCGUUUGCUGUGUCAACCUCCAAACUCUCCAGAUUUGAAUGUUUUAGAUCUUGGAUUUUUUAGUGCCAUUCAAUCCUUACAGUAUAAGAUGUCACCAACAACUGUCAAUGAGCUCAUAGAUGCUGUUGUGAAGUCAUUUGAAGAUUUCCCAACUGUGAAGUCCAACCGUAUAUUUUUGACAUUACAAUUGUGCAUGAUAGAAGUCAUGAAAGCAAAAGGUUCGCACAGGUACAAAAUUCCACUUGUUAAUAAAGCAUUGUUAGAAAGGGAAUGGCAGCUUGCUACUCAAAUGAAAUGUGAUCCUUCAUUGGUACCAGAAGUUCUCAAUUAUUUAAGUUAA